GAUGGUGAAGGAGGAGAGUGAGGAACUGAGUGAAGACGAGGAGAAACAUCAUGUCAAAACUGACCUUGAAACUCACUCAAAGACUGAGCAUAGUAUUAUAAUGGAAACGACAGCUGAAAGUGGCUUGACUUGCACUCAGUGUGGAAAGAGUUUCACCCAAAAAUUUGAUCUCAAGCUUCACAUGAUGAUCCACGAUGGAGAGAAACCGUUCACAUGUACUCUCUGUGGGAUGAGUUUCAAGCUCAAAAAUCAUUUCAACCGUCACAUGAUGAUCCACACUGGAGAAAAACAAUUCACAUGUGCUCAGUGUGGGAAGAGUUUCACACAAUCGACACAUCUUAAUCGACACGUGAGGGGUCACACUAGAGGAAAACCCUUCGCAUGUUCUCAGUGUGGGAAGAGAUUCACACGACCGAUACAUCUUCAUGAACACAUGCUGAUCCACACCGGAGAAAAACGAUUCGCGUGUACUCAGUGUGGGAAGAGUUUCAUGCAACCGACACAUCUUAAUCAACACAUGCUGAUCCACACCGGAGAGAAAAAACAUCAAUGUGAUCAAUGCGGCGUGUCAUUUUUGAGGCUCUCUGAGCUGAAGAGACAUCUUAAAGUUCAUACGAAGGAGAAGCCGUAUUCCUGUUCUGAGUGUGGAAAGAGUUUUACAAGACAGUCGAGUUUAAAACUCCAUCAGAAGAUCCACAGUGGUGUUAAAGAGCAUGUGUGCUUCGAGUGUGGGAAGACUUGUAUUCAAGUUGGAGACUUGAAACGACACCAGAUGACCCACACUGGAGAGAAAAAACACAAGUGUGAUCAGUGCGGCAAAACAUUUGCAGUUCCUUCAGAGCUGAGGAGACAUCUUAAAGUUCAUGCAAAGGGGAAGCCUUAUUCUGUAAGAAAGAGUUCACGUCAACAAAAUCCUUCCUGAACUCUCGCCUCUGUAUUCACAAGCUUCAGAUAUCCGAGGUAAACGUGAGUAUGUAUGUAGAUGAGCGCUAACUAAUCGAAUUAUUAAAAUGGUUAUGUAUAAAUGCAAAUAAUAACAUCAGUUUAUUUAAAUUCUAACUAAUAUAUAGCCUAAAUUAACAUUCGACAUAUACUAUUUUUUUAUUUAUUCUUAUUUAUUAUUGAUUUAUUCAUUAUUCUGUCAUUUAUUUUCAUUGUAAAAUGAU